AUGGCAACUAUAGGCUCCAGAAAAGAUUCAAAUAGUUCAUGUGCGGAUGAAAGGCAGAUGGCACAGGACAAUUCAUCACCUCUCGCAGAAGUUAACAAGUCGCUGUCAGUACAGAUUGGUGAAAAGGCCGUUCUCUGUUGCCCUGUUCUCCCACCAACAAGCAAGCUGGUGAUGAUAGCGUGGGAAGUAAUCCUCAGAGGCAAGCUUCUCUGCAGAUUGUCCUACAAGCCAGACACAAAGGAGACCGCCACACCCAGCUGUACUAAUGGGAGGAUAACCUGGGCCUCCAGACCUGACCGGAAUCCUCACCUUCAGAUUGAUGCUGUGGCUGUCACUCAUGAUGGACUUUACAGUUGUGACAUAGUAACGGCUGAUGGGAAUUAUCGUCUUGGAUAUAACCUCCAAGUGUUAGUGCCCCCUGAAGUGACCCUGACCCGAGGCAAGAACAGAACUGUGGUGUGUGAGGCAGUUGCAGGCAAGCCAGCUGCACGGAUCUCCUGGACCCCACAGGGGCAUUGUACCACUGAGAAAGAAUGGUCAGACAAUGACACGGUGACGGUCAGGAGUACAUGGCACUGCCCAGAUAGUAAUGCGUCUGCUGUGACCUGCUUGGUCUCCCAUUUGACUGGCAACAGGAGUCUAUCCUUACAGCUGUCUUCUAGUACAAGAACCUUAAGGUCUUCAUUUUUACUGUUCAUUUGGUAUGUGAAACUCAUUCUUUUUGUGGUCAUUCUGAUCAUUUUGGGAUUUGCUUUCUUCAAAAGGACAAAGAAGUGCAGAAAAUGCAAAUCAGAAAAUCUGGAAGCCAAUUUAGACUUGAUGAGAGAAGAUACGAAAGCAGCCAUUUGCAAUCAGCCUUCAUGUUCGAAGUCUAGUUUACCUGCUCCUGUCACUCUCAAACCAUAG